AUGAUUAGACCAAAGCUGUUGGACGCGUCUCGGCUCAUCCGUAUCGCAAAAUACCUCGCGCCAGCACUGCUCCUUCUGUAUUUCAUCUCGGAUCUCGAGGGAAACCAGGUCAGCGAACGGUACGCUGAGGUCCUGCGCAGCUUCAAGGACGAGAAGAAGCUGUUCGUGUCGGACCUGCUCGCGAAUGAGGUUGACGGCAGGUUCGAAGGCUCCGAGCUUGCACGGCUCUGUAGCGGUAGGGAAUGGCAUCCUGAUGACAGGGCCCUCGUUCUGACGUGUGCGCCCGUGCCGGGGGGUGUGGCCGAGGUCAAAAAUGGACUGCUGCACUGCGUACGCUUCGCGAUAGAGAUAGGAGCCCAGCUCGUCCUUCCCCGGAUAACACGCCGCUCCCCGGCCGAUAUCUCCAACCUCCACGGCGAGCAGCAGGCCAAGGGCCAGCCCCUGGACUACAUGUUCUCGUCCGAGCACCUGGUCACCUCCCUACAGAGGCAUUGCCCGCAGAUGCGAGUCCACAUGUCCCUAGACGACCUAUACGACAAGCCGAGCCUACUGAAACCGCUUCCGGUGAGCAUGGGCAUGUUGACGGACGAGGUGGCGGUGCUCAACGGCACGCACACCUCGAUACUCGCGGACCCGCAGAACCUGACGCGGCGGUUCGCCGACUUGUACGAGCGCGAGCUGCCCCGCGACCGGCGUCACUAUCCCGUCCGGGUAGACUUACAGGAGACCACCUUCACCUGGCCGGUCCACUAUGAUGGUGAGGCCUUUCGCCGGGAUUUCGGCCGCCUGUUGCGCGUGCGCGACGACGUGAGGCUGCUUGCCGCCUCGGGCCUUUGGGAGCUCGCCCGCCGCUUCGGGAUACCCCUCGACCCGCGCCGAGGGAUCGGCAACAACCCUGGGCAGGACAAGAGCCCGCGCUUUGUGGGAGCCCACCUGCGCACCGAGAAGGACGUCGCGGCCCCACCGACUCACGGUGACGGCGGCGGCCCUCCACCCGAGCGGCCUUUCUUCCCAGGCUACGACGCGCAGGCGACAUGGUUUCUCGACUACCUGGGCGCCACUGAGGCCCCAGGCAGGGUCGUUUACCUGGCGUCGGGCCUGCAAGCCGAGGACGCGGACGUGCGUCGCUUCACGGCCAAGGCCGCCGAGUUCGGCGCCACAGUCGUCACAAAGCGAGAAAUCCUGGCGCCAGCUGAGGUGGCCGUGCUCAAUAACCGCCUGACAUGGGACCAGAGGUCGCUGGUAGACUACGAGAUCAUGUUGCGCGCCGGGUUCAUGCUGGGUAUCGUCGAGAGCAGCUUCGCGUGGAACCUGGCCCUUCGGAGGGGCAACGCGUAUGGCGGCGGAAGCCACGCCGUCGGCGCCGAGUAUGGGGGCUUCAUGGAAGUGCCGAGCUCUGAUCCCGAAAAGCCCGGGACGGUGAUGUGGCAGGACAGGUACUCAAAGCUCUUUGGCGACUCGGACAGAGCUGUGAGCAUGUACUAUGGAAUGUGGCCUUGA